UUUAAUAAUAUCACCAGUCCCAAUCCCAGACAGUGGUCCUCGCGGAGGAGAUGACAACUAGAAAAAGAUUGCCUGAGACUUGUGGAGUGCGAAAUAUUUUGUUUUUAGUAAAGGAAUAAUUCUGGGUUCGAUGAAUUUAAAAUUCCUAACCAGUGAUGAGCUGGCUGCUAAAGUGGAUUCUUAUAGCAGCAGGGAUUCAACAGGCCUACUCCCAGACCCAGAAUUCUACUGCCAUGCUGCCCCUAGCAGAAGCCACAGACCUGGAGCCGUACAACCGGACCCAGUACUGCCACUGGCCCUGUGAGUGCCCCCUGGUCCCCCCCUCCUGCCCCCCAGGGGUGAGCCUGCUCAUGGACGGCUGUGACUGCUGCAAGGCCUGCGCCAGGCAGGUGGGGGAGGAGUGCAACGAGGCAGACACCUGUGACUACCAUAAGGGACUGUACUGCGAUUACAGCUCAGACAAGCCUAGGUACGAAAAAGGAGUGUGUGCAUAUAUGGUUGGCACGGGCUGCGAGCAUGACGGUGUGAUCUACCGUAAUGGACAGAGCUUCAAGCCCAGCUGUAAAUACCAGUGUCUGUGUGUGAACGGGGCCAUCGGGUGCGUGUCCCUGUGUACAGACUCCCAGCCCCCCCGGGUGUGGUGCCAGAACCCGAGGAGGGUCAAGAUCCCAGGACGCUGCUGUGAACAGUGGAUCUGUGACGAGCCCAAGAAGGGGCGGAAGACUGCUCCAAGACAUGCAGUGGAAGCUCUUCCUGCUGAGGCGAAGGGUCGGAGCAGGAACUGUGUGAUCCAGACCACCUCAUGGAGUAUCUGCUCUAAGACUUGUGGUCGAGGUCUGUCCCUGCGUGUCUCCAACGCCAACGAGAGGUGUGAGAUGGUAAAAGAGUCCCGCCUCUGCAACAUACGGCCCUGUGAGGUGGACAUCAUCAAGCACAUCAAGCCAGGGAAGAAUUGUAUGAACAUCUACAGAGAAGAGCAGCCCAAAAACUUUACCAUAUCAGGCUGUGUUAGUAAGAAGUCUUACCGGCCUAAAUACUGUGGUGUCUGCAUGGCCACGGACGAUCGCUGCUGCAUUCCCUACAAGUCCAAGACCAUCGACGUGGAGUUUGUGUGUCCCAACGGGGCCGUGUUCACCUGGCAAGUCAUGUGGAUCAACGCCUGCUUCUGUAACCUCAGCUGCAGGAACCCCAACGACAUCUUCGCCGAGCUGGAGAAUUACUAUGGCUACCCUGAGAUCGUGAACUGAGACAUUUCAAUAAUAAGCCAUAAGCUUAUUAAGGGCUUUAUUCAAUCAGAUACGCUUAGCCAACGUCUGCAUAGCGGUUGUUUUGAUGGUGUUAGAGGUGGAACUGCUUUAGAGCUGUCAAAUCCACAAGUGGCUCCCGGCAUUAUACCUAAAGCGGACAUUGCCAUUGGCUACACGGAGUCACGUGAACAGAAAUCCCCAAGCAACCACUGGAAUGCGAGACAUAAUCUACACCUCCAUUAGGAUGAUAGAAAUCCUCAUUAUUUAGUUCAAUGAUUUUUCACUUUGAGCGUCAUUAUUUCUAUAUAGCCUAAACUUUCUCGUUCUGAACUUCUAACAGGAGUGGCGUGGGUGUGGAUUCCUGACAAUGAUCGCAAGAGCAGCUGCUCACCGAUUUGACAGCUCCAAUGCAGUUCCACCUCUGAAACAUCCGCUAUGCAGGUGUCUGCUAUCGCUGGUUAAUGCCUGAUCUGAUUGAAUCUAGGCCUAAGCUUCCAUCUACCCCUAUUUUCACUUACUUUUCCCUUUCUCAAAGUUUUUUUGGUUUGUCAGAACUUCAGAAACUCUGUUAUAUAUUUUAUUUCAUACAUAAAGGCCGAUAUUCAAUCCAAGGCACGUUAUAGAACAGUGCAUCAUACAGAAGACAGUCCCAGCAUUCGCAGAGAUUUCAUUCAGUCUGUUAUAGUGCGCUCCUCUAGAUCGUCCAUUGGAUUGAAUACCGGUCAAAGUAUUUUUCUUUCAAGGGGAUUUUUCUUAUGCUUUUUUUCCUAUUGGAAAAAUGUGUAAAUAAAUGUUUUUUUGUGUUUUGAAACUUCAGAGGGUUUUUUAAGCACGUCUUUAUGGUCUGUAUAUGGUUGCUUUGGGAAAGAGUUUAUUGACUUACAAGUAAACCAAGUGUGUGAAAUAUUUUAGUUAUAAUUUAUUGAAGUAUAUCUUGAAUACUAAAUGAUUGAAAAAAUGGUUUGUCAUACAGGUAUUUCUAUAUUCACAGUAACAAGUUUCAUGAAAUCUCAUUCAAUCUCAUGUAAAGUUGAUUUGAUCGUGUGGCUCUGAAUUGAAUGAGUAAGAGAUGGUGAUGCUACUAUAGAAUGCAUGUGCUAUAUAUGGUUAAUAUGAUCCUGUGGAACUGUGGUAUCGUUUGAUCUUACAAGGCCACAUUCUACAUAAAAUGAUGACAACACCAGGACAAAAAGUUAUGUUUUUAUUUUCUUAGUAAAUAAACUGUUAUGCCAUA